UUCACAUCUCGCCGUGCUGGCGGAGGGACGAUCGCGCUUCAGCAAAUCUUGCCGAAUUCGGGAGCGAAUGUUGGGAAUCCUCGACGCUUGACGCCCCCGAUCACGACUUCAGUGGACGAAAACGUCAGUCGGGCCAUCUUCGCGUCCGGUUGGAGUCGUCUCGUGCACCUUGAAGCUUCUCGGCCUAGCCUAGCUUAGCCUAGCUUAGCCUAGCAUGCUAACAAAGAGCCGCGUUGGUGAUCGACACUUCGCUAAGCAGAGAUCAAGCGGGAGAGCGAAAAGUGUCGCGAUCGUCGUGCGAAAAUGCGUGCGAGGAGGACAGCGGAGCACGACGAGGAACUUCGGGCCCCGAAAGAGGAGAAGGAGCCACGAGGUCAACGGCCGGACGCCGCGUUCGAUCUGCGGCCUCCGACUGUGCCACGCGGCGCAGACAUUACUGAAGAUCUUCGUACUGAGCGGCAGGAGCCAGAGCCCCCUCACAUUAAAGCGAAAGUGGAGGACGAAGAGGUCCACCACAUCAAAGAGGAAGAGGAGCCCAUUUCAAUUAAAAAAGAGGGGGAGGAAGCACGCCCCCACAUUAAACAGGAAGUGGAGGAGGACAUCACCAAGUUUCUAUCGACUGGUGUCCCUUUGAAGAGUGAAGAUGAAGGUCAAAGUGAGGAGAGCGGAGGGGCGGACCCUCGGAGCUGCAGCUCAAGUCAACACAUGACAACAGAAGGUGAUGGAGACCACUGUGGAGGAUCACCAGCAGCCCGUCUCGUAGCUCCACUAUCAGGCAGGGACGAGAUGACGUCAGACUCUCCUCACACUGAUGAUGAUGAUGAUGAUGAUGGACAGUCUGAAGGUGACAUGACAUGUCACACUGACAACAAACAAUGGAAAUGUUCUCAGUGUGGGAACGCAUUUGGAAGUAAGACCAUUUUGAAAUGCCAUGUGAGGACCCACAUUGGUGAGAAACCUUUUUCCUGCUCAGUUUGUGGUCAAAGAUUCUCUGUGAAGGGAAAAUUAAAAAUACACACAAGAACCCACACUGGUGAGAAACCCUUUUCCUGCUCAGUUUGUGGUCAAAGAUUCUCUGUGAAAGAGAGCUUAAAAUUACACACAAGAACACACACGGGUGAGAAACCUUUUCCCUGUUCUGUUUGUGGUCAAAGAUUCUCUGUGAAGGGAAAAUUAAAAAUACACACAAGAACACACACUGGUGAGAAACCUUUUUCCUGCACAGUUUGUGGUCGAAAAUUCUCUGAAAAGGGAAGUCUAAUAAAACACACAAGAACCCACACGAGUGAGAAACCUUUUUCCUGCUCAGUUUGUGGUCAAAGAUUCUCUGUGAAGGGAAACUUAAAAAGUCACACAAGAACCCACACUGGUGAGAAACCUUUUUGCUGUUCAGUCUGUGGUCAAAGAUUCUCUGAAAAGGGAAACUUAAAAAAACACACAAGAACCCACACUGGUGAGAAACCUUUUUCCUGCUCCGUUUGUGGUCAACGAUUCUCUGAAAAGGGAAGUUUAAUAAAACACACAAGAACCCACACGGGUGAGAAACCUUAUUCCUGCUCAGUUUGUGGUCAAAGAUUCUCAGUGAAGGAACACUUAAAAAUACACACAAGAACCCACACUGGUGAGAAACCUUAUUCCUGCUCAGUUUGUGGUCAAAGAUUCUCUGAGAAGGGAAAGUUAAAAGUACACACAAGAACCCACACUGGUGAGAAACCUUUUUCUUGCUCAGUUUGUGGCCAAAGAUUCUCUGAAAAGGGAAGUUUAAUAAAACACACAAGGACCCACACGGGUGAGAAACCUUUUUCCUGCACAGUGUGUGGUCAAAGAUUCUCUGAAAAGGGAAGUUUAAUAAAACACACAAGAACUCACACUGGUGAGAAACCUUUUUCCUGCUCAGAUUGUGGUCGAAGAUUCACUCGGAAGGGGUACUUAAAAAUACACACAAGAACCCACACUGGUGAGAAACCUUUUUCCUGCUCCGUUUGUGGCCAGAGAUUCUCUUAUAAGUAUCAGGCUAAGACACACAAGUGUGCCGGUGAGAAUAGCAGCGAUCAAGAAGAAGAAGAAGAAGAAGAAGAAUCACCUUUGUUGUCAUGAACAUGGAUGCAUGCACAUGAAAUUUGUUGUCUGCAUUUUACCCAUCACAGUGAACACACACACACUUGUUAGUGUAACACACUGGCUCAGGGGGCAGCUGAGGCGCCCGGGGAGCAGUUCGACAAAAAUCUAUAUUCGUGUAAUUUAUUUACCACGUUUGUCUUCAGUGAUGCCAAAAUCCACCAAGUAACGCAUGCCUUGUUUUCCAAUAAUUUAGUGAUGACCCUAUCCAAUAAAUGAAUGAUUGAACAACACUGUGGCAUUAAAGCAAGCAGCAUUGACUUUUUGUGGUAAACUGUAAAGUGUAUA